AUGGAUGAAGAUAGUGAUCUGGGGUUAGAUAUUACUUCUAUUAUUUCCGACUCAGAAGGAGGAACUGAUGACUUGGAUGUACUGUACGUAGAAGAUCGACCAUUAUGGGGUAAUAAUGAAUUGCUUAACACCGAUCAACCAGAGGAUGGAUCUGAAACUCAGAUAAAUGAUAAUACUGUUUUAAUAAACGUGUCGACACAAAUUGAUGGCGGUUGGGAUGAGCAGCAAGCAAGAUCAGAACAUAAAAGGGCUGAGCCAGAGGGCGUAAUUACAGACAUUGACAAUCGUGACAUAGAUGCAACUGUAUCAAUUUCAGAUUUAUCACUAGAUGGACAUAAUUCUCUAACUGCUUUAAAUGAUUCAAGACGUUCGCUUAGGAAAAGAAAAGCAAUUCAGAAAAAUCCAUAUAGUCUUGAUCGUAUUAAGCAUAGGCAACUACUCGCAGGCUAUGAUGUCUCAGCUUUUGAUAAUAUAGAGGAGCUGUCUAUUCCAAAGAAAGGAAUAGAAGCAACGCCAGAAGAGAGGAUGAUUGAAAAUGGGGACCUUGAUAAUUUAAGUGCGGAUGAAGAAUAUUUAUCGAAUGAUGGAGUACAGAAUGAUUCCGAUGUUGAAAGAUACCAAGACUAUGAAAUUUUAUCGCAAGAGGAUAAAGAAAUUGAAGAGCCUUACCUCCCCCAUACUGUACCAGGACACAAUGGUUAUCAAUCAGAUACAAUUGAUAAUACUGGUGUUUCUGACCUUAUAGCGGAUACCGAAGAAGUUACAUAUAGAGGUAGGCCGAUUAACUUGAAAACUGGCUAUCGAGGUAUUCUCCCUCGAGUGGCGUGGGAAAAGGAAAUUGUAACGCAAUCAAAGGCUAAGGAUAGACGAAAAAUAAGUUCGAAACAAGGUUCUAUCGCACAUAAAUGGGUUGCUAGGAGGAAAAAGAUCCACGCACCGUCAAACAAUCAAGAAGACCUUCUUUUAAAUGAAAUGAUUGUAUCAGAUUCAGAUAUAUCAGAUGGAGGGAUAACUUCUCACUACUUGGAAGGAACGUUCUCACAAAAUAAUGGAGAAGAGAAAGCUCUUGAGGAACUUAAUGCAUACUACGAGGAAAAAUAUAGCACUAACUAUCCAGUUAAUGGUUAUCUACAGUUGCAAGAUUCUGUUAACUCAGAGAAUGAUCUGACUUCCUUAAAGGAUUUAGCUAUUGACUCCCCGUUAAAUGGACCGAGAAAUAUUAGCAUGAGAGAGCCUAUAUUGGUAACAUCUCAAGACUCUGAUACCGGUCUAGACAUAUAUAAUAGUUCUGAGGAUGGAAACAACUAUGAAGCUGGGAUAGCCGAGGAAAAUAAUAGGGGAACAAUUGAUGCAAUGCUCACAAAAAAGAGAUCUGAGAGUUCCAUACCUGCUAAGCGGAUCAAACAGAAAGAUAAGAACAUUAAUCUUAAAAGAAACAGUAAGGCUAGUAAUAGUAAAAGAAGGGUAACAUAUCGCAGAAGACGUCCUAUUACAGUAGUAAAACGCUCCAUCCGAAGGUCUGACAAUUCUCGAAAAAGGGCUUCAUCUAAUUUGAAACAUAUUACCACCACCGAUAGGCAACAAAGAGAAGCCAGUUAUCUACUGGAAAAACUAGAUUUGGAAUUGACCAACUUUGAUGUUGGCGGAGAAAACUUUGCUGUUUCUGAAGGGAAUAAGGAGAAGAAGAAGAAGAAAAGGAAGGUUCUGCGAAACAACUCAAGUACUCUGCGAGGGAACCCUGUGUUCUCCACUAUUAUUGAGGCAGUUGGCUCACGUUACGGCCUACUCAAGGGCAGUGCAUCUAAAAGGCAUAUUACAGAUAACUACUCCGAAAAUAUUAAUGGAUCAAUUAUGCAUGAAACUCCUCGUCUACUUAGUCUUCCUGACAUACUAUUAUCCGGCAAAACAUUUGACCCUCCUUCUGUUGUCAAAAUUAUUUUGACUGAUAAGUCAUAUACUUUAUCUAAACUAGGAUCAAGUAAUAUAAUAUAUAUGCUGAAUGAAAUGUUCGGGUAUAUUAUAACGCAUGGUGUUAUAGAUGCGGAGUUGGUCCAUAUUUCCGAAGAAUUAACAAAAUUUAUGCUUCUUGUUAAUAAUAGUGGGCUGCUUGAAGUCGUCGAAAAGUUCCACCACGAUUUCAGAUCGAAAGUCCAUAUAUUAAAAGAAAAGGCGAAGCCGAUUCAUUUCUUCCAACUUGCUGCAUGCCAACUAAUGUUAUACGAAGUUUCUCAAUAUACUACUACUUCACUUCGAUUGAAAGAUGAAAUUGAACAUAGAAUACUAGAUAACAUAGUAGUUUUCUUCAAGUUGCUGGCAAUUUGCAAAGGAAUACUUUCUGGUAAUGAUUUAACAUAUUUAUUUGAAAGUUACCAUAUAUUAGUCACUAUCGUACAGUUGCUUGAUCGAAAACAGCACCUUUGGGAGGCUUUGGAAAAACAGUCCUAUUCCAGUCAAAUUGCGUUGAUAAUACUCAAUCUAUUUCCAACGAGAAAAACAAUAUGGAGUCUCCUCAGAAUAGAGCCUUCAUUUAUAUCCCUGGUUUACACGUUCAAAUUUAUAGGGUAUAGUACCUCGCAAUGCAAUUGGAUAGUAGAUAAGGAUCUUAUCAUAAAUCUCGAUCGUGCUUUCAAGAAGGGAAGGUUUAUUGACUUCGAAGAAGAGAUGGAACUAUCUAAGAAGAGUCAAGUUUUGAUGUCGUCGGAGAGUGAUAUAUAUAUCCCAACUGUUUUCAACUUGUAUUUGGACCUCUUGAGAAUAGUUGAGAUUACACCUGCCACUGCUGAGCGCAUCACCCCCUUAGCAGAUAUUUCCUCAAAUGAUCCUAUAUCUGUGUUAAUUAACAGAACAAAUCUUUUGAUUAUAUUAACACGUAAAUGUAAUGUUAAUGCAAGUAAAAAACGGUUUUAUGAGUUACUUAGACCUCUUCUAAAAGAAGAUUAUCUUUCGAAUAAAGAUGUUAAUGAUUCAAACAGGGUCUGUGAUUCAAUAUUGAAUGGAACCAUUUCUUUGUUGAAGAAUAGUAACGCUAAGGGUACGAUAUUGAAACCCAAAUGGGUUAAAAACAUAUACCAAUUAUUUUUUACUGACGGCAAUAAUAACCACAGAAAUAAUAGAUUACAAAAAUGGUACUCCUUCUUACAGCAACUUAAUAAUACCCAGCCAAAAAGUAACUUAGUCUUUACUUUAAAGUUACUUUAUCCAUCUCUUUCCUUCAUGAUAGCGGAAAAAUCACCUCAUAUGGCAAUCAUUGACUAUUUCUUCAAGAUGUAUUUAAGUUCAUUAAAGCUAUUAGGAUCUACUUGGAUUAAUAAAAACCUUUUCCCUUUAGUAAAAGACACUAUUCCUAUGAAUAUUUAUUGGAUAGAUUAUUAUUGUAUUAUAGGGGAACAUUUAAUAAAAGAAAAUAUCUAUACUUGGUGGACAUUUCAAGCUUAUAAUGGAUUUCAAGAUAAUCUUCCCAGACAAUUUUAUUUUUAUUCUAAAAUUACCGAAAUGUGUGAUAUGAACUCAUUCGGAUCAUUGAAGGAAUCGAUGUUUACUCUAGCUACUACACAUUUAUUGGAUGUACCACCUGCUAACAAUUUUUUAUUAUUUCUCUUUCAGCUUUUGAAGAAGGAAGAAGGUAUGGUUAUGCCUACAAUAGAUACCAAAAGUACUGAACGUAUAAAUUUAAAGAUUUUAAAAUGUUUUGUUAAGUGUUUACAUAGGAAUUCAUAUUUUGACCUCCUCAACAAUUUGAUAGCAAAGGUAAAAGAAGAAUACCUUUCAAAGAAUCUUAGUAGUGAAUAUACUAAUAAUUUCGUGAACUUCAUAAAUUCAAAUUUUGUUGAUGAGAUCAAAGAUAGUGAAUCAUUUAGACGUUUGAAAUUGAUCUUUGGUAUCUCCAAUAUUGAGUUGGAAAAGAGUGAAUUUAAAGCAAAACUGAAAGGGGUUUCCAAUGACAAUUUAAGAGCAGUUUAUUUGAUAAAAAUGUUGUUAAAAAUAUACUCCUCAGGUGAAUCAUCUAGUCUGGAGGAUUAUAUUGAUAAAAUAAAGUCUUUAUUUUCUUCGAACGUUUUAGACGCCACGCCAUUAGACUUUUUUGUUUCCCUUUUAGAAGCACAUUUUCCGCUAGGUACACAAGGCUGUCAUCGUAAUCAACUCAAAGCAUAUAGUUUUCAUCUAUUCGUAAGGGUAUUAAAUGAAAAACUUGUCGAAAGUUAUUACCAAGUGACUCGUUCUGAAUAUUGUCUUCUGUACCAACUAUUUGAGUGUAUAUGCAAAAACUGGAUAAAUUUCGAGUCCGAGCAUGCAUUAGAAUGUCUUGAAGGUAAUCAUGAUGUUAAUGAUUUGUUGGUGGCAAUUUUUCGUAUUAGUUCUGGUUUCAGAGAAUCUUCCCAUUUAGUGCGCAUGAUCGACGAUCGGUUUCCCAAUAGCGAUGUUGAUCCUGAGGAAUAUGCUUCUGAAGGAUCCCCUCUAUGCAGCUUAAAACUGUCAAGUUUAUCGAAGGAAAUCGAUGGUUUAAUUAGGGAUAAUUCUGGUAACCUGGAUGAUUCGAUUUUGAUGAAAUUCAAGGAUUCAGCUUCGUCGUCUGUCCAACGAGAGUCCAUACAAGGUAUUGUAUUAGAGUAUAAAAAACGAUACGGGAGGCCAAAGGAAUAA